AUCACCUCAGCACUGGCGUCACCAUGGUAACCGUGUCAGUCGUGUUCCUCCUGCUUUCAGCCUUUUCUCCUCCAGUCCACAGCCGCCUCACUACCUUCCAUCUCAUUCCGGUUCACAUGAAUCAGACUGAGGCUCGGGCAGCUUGCAGAGAAAAUUACAUCGACCUCGUCACUCUGUACUCUGAUGAAGACAACACUGAACUGGAGAAUAUGAUGAUGAAGGCUGGUGUUGGCGCAGGAUGGAUCGGUCUCUAUCGCGGUCAGUUCAGUGAGAAAUGGUCUAAUGGUGAUCCUGUAACAUUCAGAAAUCUGACAGGGGAUUGUGGGACAUCGAGCUGCUGUGCUGCUAUGAAACCUGAUGGUUCAUGGGAAAGUCUUCAGUGCACAGGGACGAGAUAUUUCAUGUGCUAUGAACAAGCUGCUUCUUCUCAGACUCCUAAUUAUCAUCUAAUCCGUGAGAAUAAGACCUGGUUUGGUGCUCAGCGUUACUGCAGGGGGAAAUACACUGACCUGGUCAGCAUCAGAGAUCAGCAGCAAAAUGAAGAGGUGAAGAUUAAAGGGUUAAACAGCAGCACGUCCUUCUGGAUCGGCCUGCUGCGUGAUGACUGGCAGUGGACUGAUGGAGGAAACUCCACCUACAGAAACUGGGCGAGCGGUCAUCCUCAGCCAUCACCAUACGACUGUGUACUACUGUGGGGAAGGGAAUGGUAUUCAGUGCCGUGCAGUAAUCGUAACACUCCUCUGUGCUACGCCUUUUCUCCUCCAGUCCACAGCCGCCUCACUACCUUCCAUCUCAUUCUGGUUGACAUGAAUCAGACUGAGGCUCGGGCAGCUUGCAGAGAAAAUUACAUCGACCUCGUCACUCUGUACUCUGAUGAAGACAACACUGAACUGGAUAAUAUGAUGACUUAUAUGUAUUGGGGAUGGAUCGGUCUCUAUCGCGGUCAGUUCAGUGAGAAAUGGUCUAAUGGUGAUCCUGUAACAUUCAGAAAUCUGGCAGGGGAUUGUGGGACAUCGAGCUGCUGUGCUGCUAUGAAACCUGAUGGUUCAUGGGAAAGUCUUCAGUGCACAGGGACGAGAUAUUUCAUGUGCUAUGAACAAGCUGCUUCUUCUCAGACUCCUAAUUAUCAUCUAAUCCGUGAGAAUAAGACCUGGUUUGGUGCUCAGCGUUACUGCAGGGGGAAAUACACUGACCUGGUCAGCAUCAGAGAUCAGCAGCAAAAUGAAGAGGUGAAGAUUAAAGGGUUAAACAGCAGCACGUCCUUCUGGAUCGGCCUGCUGCGUGAUGACUGGCAGUGGACUGAUGGAGGAAACUCCGCCUACAGAAACUGGUGGAUUGGUGAACCUCAGCAAUCAUCACCACCAACUGACUGUGCAAUACUGAGUGGAGGAAAAUGGUUUUCAUGGUCAUGCACUGAUCUGAAUCCUGCUCUGUGCUACAGCACUUCCAUCCAUGUGAGUGAUGUGGCUCUGAGCUGGGAGAAAGCGCUGGAUUACUGUCAUGAAGGGAACAGGGCUGGAAUUCUGAACAUCGAUUCUGAAGCUGAACAGGAAGAGUUGGAGUCUGAGCUCAGGAGGAGGCGUGUCCCCCCAGGGUCUCUGUGGGUGGGGCUUGGACUGAACCGUCUCUCUGGGAUGAAGGCGUCGUCCCGUCCGCUGACCUGCGAGGACGUAAAGAGACAGACAGAACCUCCGCUGUCUCACUGCCCUGCUGACACACACACUGCAGAAGCAGCACCUGAUUAUGUGAUGGACUCUGCUGAACUUCGAGUCGUGUGUAAAUUGAAAUAAAAGGCGGUUUUCUCGAUGCUGGAAGAACAGAGCACUGCACAGUUUAGGGUUUUCCAGCACUAACUCACCUGAACCCUUCAUUAUGCACUUGUUCACUAGGUGAUGAGUUGAAUCAGGUGUCAUAGAGCAGGAAAAAGCCUAAAGUGUGCAGGAACUGUUCACACACUCAGAGCUUUACACACCAGUUCACAUUCACAAUCAUAUUCAGAAUAUGCACUUAAGGCUUUCUCUGUUUAAAGAACUUCAGAUAUGAAUUUAGAUAAAACAUUAAAGUACAUAUACAUUGUUCACUUUCAAUUCAUCUACAUUUUUUUCUCCA